CUUUCCCCUUUCUGUCGUUGGCAGCAACAAGAGCAGGACCCCACAAACCUGUACAUCUCCAACCUGCCAGUGUCGAUGGAUGAACAGGAGCUGGAGAACAUGCUGAAGCCCCUGGGUCACGUCAUCUCUACAAGGAUACUUAGAGAUGCCAAUGGGGUCAGCAGAGGAGUCGGCUUCGCCAGGAUGGAGUCAACAGAGAAGUGUGAAGUUGUGAUACAGCAUUUCAAUGGAAAAUACCUGAAAACUCCACCAGGAAUCCCAGCCCCCACGGAGCCUUUGCUGUGCAAAUUUGCAGACGGAGGGCAGAAGAAACGCCAAAGCCAGAGCAAGUAUCCUCAGAAUGGGAGACCGUGGCACAGAGAAGGGGAGACUGGCAUGGCGUUAACGUACGAUCCUGCUGCAAUGCAGAAUGGUUUCUACUCCUCGCCUUACAGCAUCGCCACCAACCGCAUGAUCGCACAGACCUCCAUCACGCCCUUCAUCGCUGCUUCCCCUGUUUCCACAUAUCAGGUCCAGAGUACGUCAUGGAUGCCUCAUCAACAAUAUGUUAUGCAACCGACAGGUGCAGUGAUCACGCCAGCCAUGGACCACACUAUGUCCAUGCAGCCUGCCAGCAUGAUGGGCCCUCUCACCCAGCAGAUGAACCAUCUGUCCCUGGGCACUACAGGAAGUCCCUUGCAGUACAUGACUGCUGCAGCUGCCGCCGCUGCACCUAUGCAAGGGACCUACAUUCCCCAGUACACUCCUGUGCCUCCAACAGCCGUCCCUGUCGAAGGAGUGGUGACAGAUGCCUCACCCCAGACGGUGGCUCCUUCAUCACAGGAGGUGGCUGGCCAGCAGCAACAGAUCCAGGUGGACAGUGCCGAUCACGUUCCUGCUUACUCAUACCAGUCCAAAUAGCAACGGCCUGAGCGAAUGUUCCUGUGACAGCGUUGCCUUGAGACAGAGGGUGGCUGCACUGUGAAUGUGAGGAAAAGAAAGAGAUUACUUCCAGAUUGCCCAGGCACCAAAAAAGAGACACUUUUUUUCAUUUCCUACCUGGCCUACAAGAAAAAAAAAAAAAUCAAGACUGAGGCAAAGAGUGCUGAGGAAAAGGGGGGGAUGUGGGGGAAAUUACUGGGCACAGUGCAAAGAAGUAAAUUGUUUUAGUCUGAGAAUGAAACCCGCCUAAAGGGCUGGGCUGAAGCUUGAAAAGUUUCUCAAAGAAAAUUCUCAACUAAUAAAAAAAAAAAUAGAAAAGGUAAAAAAAUAAAAUAAAAAGAGAAAACUAAAAAAAAUAAAUGGUUGAAUGCGCUGGUAGGUGAUGAAGUUUAUUUUGUAAUUAGAAAGGGGGAGGCAAAGUUUGAGAUACACACAGAGAUUGUCUUCCUCAGAUAUUAAGCUACGGUUUCUUUCCAGUCUUUUUUUUUUUUUAAGUUCUAGUGUUAAAGCUUAGUUUUCUAGAUGUAUUACAAAAAAAAACAAAAAAAAAGUUUUUUUCUUCUUUUUUCUUGAAUCUUCAUGGCCUUAAUUUGAAGGGCGCCAGAAACUUUUUACAGAGUGAAAGUCUGACGUCUAGUUGGGAGGGUUUAAAAACAAAAAGAAAAAAAAAAAAAGCAAACCGUCUCUUGGACCUCUAUGGGGAAGGGGUUCAAAAUGCUGAAUGAGUUGCUCUAAAGAGG